CAGGAAGCUUUGUGCAAGAGUGAAAGAGCUCGAGUUAUGGAAAAACAGAAAUAUGCUCCAGUGUGGAAGCUCAGGAAGAGCCCACCAUCUGACUGGUAUCUACCACUUGACCAUGACAAAUCAAAUUAACAAAACUGUUUUCUGUGUUUGGUCAUUAACAUAAUACACAAUUCAGAAUUAUGCUUUUUUUUUUCCCUUCUGCAUCAUCUUGAAGUUAUUCAACUGUACCUCUGCCCUACAAUACUUUAGCACUCACUCAAAAAUUCUGAAAUUUUAUUUUAACACUGAAUAUUUUUAAAGGGAGAUUUGAAGUGCUUAAUUUGGUUGUGGUCUUUUAGUGUUGACUUACAUAGCAGGAUUUCAUUUCAGCAGGCACUUUUCAAUUAAUGCAUACAUGCUCUAGCUAUGAAGGCCUCUUGCCCUACCAGCUGGCAUGAGCACUUCUGGAACAAGGUACCCACUCCAGGCCUGCCAAAUGGGGGGGAAAAACAAGGUGGGACUCUUUCUUGCUGGCUCAGGACAAUCCCAAACACUGGCAUUUAAAGACAUUUCCAGAAUCAGGGUUGUGGUGGUUGAAGAGCUUCUCACCUGUGGGCUGCACACCCUGGAACUGCUCUCCACUGGUGCUGUGUGUUGUGGGACUAUUCAGAACUACUCAAAAAUAAAGGUUUAAACGAA